AUGGGACGUUCAGGGUCUUCAUCAGGGUCCGGCUCCGCGCUCCGGCUCCUGUGGAUUCGGGUCUUGCUGGACUCUGUUCGCUCCCAGGAGAUUUACGCGCCGCACUCCAUCCGGGUGGAGGGGGACGUGACGCUGGGGGGGCUGUUCCCGGUGCACGCGCGGGGCGUCCCGGGGACCCCGUGCGGGGACGUGAAGAAGGAGAACGGGAUCCACCGCCUGGAGGCCAUGAUGUACGCGCUGGACCAGAUCAACGGGGACGAGGACCUGCUGCCCAACGUCACGCUGGGCGCGCGCAUCCUGGACACCUGCUCGCGGGACACGCACGCGCUGGAGCAGUCGCUGACCUUCGUGCAGGCUCUGAUCCAGAAGGACACGUCUGACGUCAGGUGCACGAGCGGGGAGCCGCCCGUGUUCGUGAGGCCGGAGAAGGUGGUGGGCGUGGUCGGAGCGUCCGCGAGCUCCGUGUCCAUCAUGGUGGCCAACAUCCUGCGCCUCUUCCAGAUCCCUCAGAUCAGCUACGCCUCCACAGCUCCGGAGCUGAGCGACGACCGCCGCUACGACUUCUUCUCCCGGGUCGUCCCACCGGACAGCUUCCAAGCCCAGGCCAUGGUGGACAUGGUCAAGACCCUGGGCUGGACCUACGUAUCCACAGUGGCUUCAGAGGGCAGCUACGGGGAGAAGGGGGUGGAUGUCUUCACACAGCUCUCCAGAGAAGCAGGUGAGAUCUGCAUCGCUCAGUCCCUGAAGAUUCCUCACGACCACAAACCCUCCGACUUCGAUAAAACCAUCCGCCAGCUGCUGGAGACCCGAUACGCCCGGGCCGUGGUUCUGUUUGCCUCUGACGAAGACAUCAGAGGAAUCCUGAACGCCUCAAAGCGAGCGGAUCAGAUCGGUCACUUCCUGUGGAUCGGUUCUGACAGCUGGGGGUCCAAGAACAGUCCGAUCCAGCAGCUGGAGGACGCUGCAGUCGGCGCCAUCACCAUCCUGCCCAAGAGGGCCACCAUCAGCGGCUUCGACGCCUACUUCACGUCCAGAACUCUGGAGAACAACAGGAGAAACGUGUGGUUUGCCGAGUACUGGGAGGACAACUUCAACUGCAAACUGAUGAGCUCCUCCAAGAAGGACGAGAGCAGCAGGAAGUGCACAGGAAGUGCUGGUACUGCAGUGACCUUCAACAGAAAUGGUGAUGCUCCUGGACGUUAUGACCUGUUCCAGUACCAGUGGAACAACGUGACUGGGCCAGGGUACCGUGUAAUUGGUCAGUGGAUGGACAGCCUUCAGCUCAACAUGGAGGACUUGCAGUGGCCUCGGGGGGAGCAGGACAUCCCCACCUCCGUGUGCAGCCUUCCCUGUCGAGCCGGAGAAAGGAAGAAGGUGGUCAAGGGCAUGCCCUGCUGCUGGCACUGCGAGCCCUGUGAUGGGUACCAGUACCGGUCUGACGAGUUCAGCUGCAAGCUCUGCGCCUACAGCAUGAGACCCAGCUCCAACCGGACCUCCUGCCAGUACAUCCCCAUUAUAAAACUGGAGUGGCACUCCCCCUGGGCUGUGAUCCCGGUCUUCCUGGCCAUGCUGGGGAUCAUAGCUACAAUCUUCGUCAUGGCGACGUUUGUGCGGUACAAUGACACUCCGAUUGUCCGAGCGUCCGGCAGGGAGUUGAGUUACGUCCUCCUGACUGGAAUAUUUUUGUGUUACAUCAUCACCUUCCUGAUGAUCGCCAAGCCUGACGUUGGGGUGUGCUCCUUCAGAAGGAUCUUCCUAGGUCUGGGUAUGUGCAUCAGCUACGCCGCCCUCCUCACCAAAACCAACCGCAUCUACCGGAUCUUUGAGCAGGGUAAGAAGUCUGUGACGGCCCCGAGGCUGAUCAGCCCCACCUCCCAGCUGGCCAUCACUUUCAGCCUGAUCUCAGUCCAGCUGCUGGGGGUUCUGGUCUGGUUCGGGGUGGAUCCGCCCAACAUCGUUGUGGACUACGACGAGCAGAGGACCAUCAACCCGGAUCUGGCCCGAGGGGUGUUGAAAUGCGACAUCUCAGACCUGCAGAUCAUCUGCUCACUGGGUUACAGUAUCUUACUGAUGGUGACCUGCACUGUGUAUGCCAUUAAGACCCGCGGGGUCCCGGAGAACUUUAACGAGGCCAAGCCCAUCGGGUUCACGAUGUACACCACGUGCAUCGUGUGGCUGGCCUUCAUACCCAUCUUCUUCGGCACGGCACAGUCUGCAGAGAAGCUCUACAUCCAGACCACCACGCUGACCAUCUCCAUGAACCUGAGCGCCUCCGUGGCCCUCGGCAUGCUCUACAUGCCCAAAGUCUACGUCAUCAUCUUCCACCCAGAACUCAACGUUCAGAAGAGGAAACGCUCCUUCAAGGCCGUGGUCACCGCCGCCACCAUGACGUCACGACUGUCCCACAAGGCUAGCGAGCGGCCCAACGGAGAGGCCAAGACGGAGCUGUGCGAGAACAGCGACCCCAACAGUCCAGCAGCAAAAACGAAGUACGUGAGCUACAGCGACGUGGUGAUCUAA